AUGCCGAGAAGUAAAGAGCGCAGCUCAACCUCUGGCUCUAGCUCGCCCAGAAGCCCGCGUCUGCUGCCGGAGUCAAAGCCGCACUCCGCGGCCGCGGGGCUCGCCGCUCGGGCCGCCACCUCCUCCAACCCUCACCUCCGCGCGGCGGGGGAUCUGGAGCGCCCUCCGCCACCACCGCUAUACCUCACCACCAUGCCCUCCCCGCGCACUCCGCGGUCCAGACCGGGUGGCUACUAUGGCAUAUGCAGGCCAUCUCUUGCUCGCGUGCACGCCCCAACCCCUUCCUCCAUGUCAUCGGGCGGCGGCGGCGGCGGCGGCGAUCCACUAAAGUCCUUUGCGAGUCACUAUUCUGAACGGAGGCAGCAACUUCUUGAUUUCUUCAUCGAAUACACCGUCAGCUCAGUGAAGACUGCUUUCUACAAGGUACAAGCUGCUUCAGCGAAGGAGACAGGAAGUCCAAGUUUCGAGAUCCAUUUCAACCACAUUCUCGAGUACAAUAAGGAAUUAGCUUUUGCCAUCUUCAACUCUCAGGACAGAUUCAAUGAAUGGGUGUAUCCAACUGUAUACCAGUUUCUAACCAGUGAAGGGAUUGCGAAGAAUGUAGUUGAAAGAAUGAAAAUUACUUUCCACACAAUGCCCCUGAGCAUUGAAGAUUUCUUACGGGAACAUGGGUCAUUGAUCAGCAUUAAGUCAAUCUUUGGUGGGAGUUUCAAAUUAUGUGUUGCGCAUGACAUCGGGAUGGUAUUAGUCCAUGGAUUUCUGGAAGAGAUCUUUAGUAACCACAGAAAAUGUCGUACUUGGAAUGGGGGAUUUAACAUAAGUGACAUGGUGGUGGUUAACUCCACGGAGUGUAGGAUUACAAAGAAGUCAACGCGAGGUGGAUCUCACUGUACUGCAAAGGAUCUGCACAGAAUUGGGGAGAUUUUCAUGCCAAUGUUCAGUUGUAAUAGAGGAAUGGCAUUAUACUUUGAUGUACUGCAAAAGGAUUUGAGCAUGGCCAGUGAGAAUGAAGUGAAAGAGGAAUGGUUUUGGGAAUACCUCCUCUCACAUCCGGCACUGAAACAAUCAAUGGCACGUUACUACCUGGAGUGUGGGUUGCAGUAUGCUGCAAUAACCUUUGAAGGCUCAGGCAUGCCAAUCCAAUCAAUUCUAGGAGUAUACAGUGACUGGAAGGCACUUAUCCCAAUUGAACUUACUGAAAACACACCUAUCACAGAUUUCAGCUUGUAUAAGGUUUUCUGGUCCAAGUGUGAACCUACUGAAGGUGUUGAUGAUCCUUUUGCGGCUACAGUUGGGGGGCUGCUUGCAUACAAAGGUAACUUCCUGCAACAUGGUGAUGAAUAUGUCAAGGUGCAUGACCACUCCGAGUUAGAGCAAUUUGCAGCAAAAACUUUUCCCCAAGCUCUACCAAACAUUCUGCGGAAGCUAUUGAGGGACUGCAAAACGCACAUGAAUGAACCGCUUAUGGUGCUCUGGAAAGCUUAUCAUGCCUCAAGAAUGGGCAGUGAUGUUAACACUGAAGGGAGAACUGGCAUCUGUAUUUCAUUCAGUGAAGAGGGCAGGUGA